AAUUUACGGCGAGAGGGCACGAAUUUACGGCAAAAAGCUACCGCGAAAAAGCUAACAGGUGUAAAAAUUAUAAGGAAAGCCAGAUUCAUCAUUUUAAAGUUAAUAAAAUGAGUUCCAGCGAUGCGGUUUCCGACGAUGACGACAUUGAAUCGUUCUACUCGUUCAAUGAAAGUGUGGACUCAUCGAAUUGUCUAGGCAGCUCUCUGAGUUCCUUAAAAUCUUCGCGCAGCAAUGAGUCUCUGCCAGAUGAAGAUUUUACUGAGAACGCGAUGGCGCCAAACCUAGAGCACCCAGUGGACGAGCAGCUUGAUGUGAGCAAUUUGACUUUAGAUGAAGACUUGCCGCCGAGGGACUACCAUCAAUUCAAUGUAAACGAUCCCCGAUCAGUGCCUCCAUUAAAGAGCAAAAAUCAGCCCGACGUGGAUCUCUUCGACAUGAACAAUCCGUAUAUAAGCACCGAAGCAAUUGACAAGUACAAUUUUACUAAGAAGUGGGCUGAAGCUCAUCAGCAGAAGCAAUAUUCACCCCUCUAUAAAUUGCAAUGUAACUUGAAGAAAGAGGGCAAUAACGAACAACAACAAGAGCUAGAGGAACGAAACAAGGGCAUUCUCAAUAAGGAUCUGUUUCUUAGCCCAGUCGAUCCUCGUUUCCCUCACACGAUGACGCGCCAAGACGACGAGCCUACAGAGCCAUAUGUGUCCCCGUUUGAGGACAUGCCCGUUGUUAAGGAUGUGUCUAAGGAAAUGUCAAAGAAGCUUGGUAUCAAGGCUCCAACUGUCGUGCCAGCUGGUUUUGAUCUAACCAGCCUAGUGGAGUACAAAGAUCCUAAUCAUUGGGCCCGUUGCCCAAGCCACCUUUUCAAAUAAGCAUAUAGACUUUUUUGUAAUAAUUAUGAAUAAUGAAAUUAAACAAAAUAAAAUGAUUAGGAUGCUUAA